GGUCACGCCUCCAGACCUACGCAUACUUUUCAUCGACGGGCUGCGGCGAGUCCAGGCACCUCAGGAUCGCAACGACGCCUCACCCCGUCCGGCCCGGCCCUCAAUUCGCGACCCGGCGCCGUCUCGUAAGCACCAGCAUCGCCUACUGCAUUGUCCAGCACCCCGGCCAGCCGCCCAGACGGACGGCGAACGAUUUUGACGACCAUUCCCGCUCGACUUCCCGCCGAAGCCGUUGCCCGCCAGAGUCUGCAGGCCGAACGCCGCUUAGCACCCCAUAUCGAUUCAUUGCAGCUAUAUCGAGGACGUACGGGCGAGUCCGUCGUUGGACGAGCGCUCCACCGUGUACCCGUGAUUCAUCCGUCAAUGUGAUCUGGCCCUUGAUGCGACUCGUGCCCUACCGACACUCUCCGCCUUGACGCACCUCUGGAGCCAUGCCAGCAACCCACGUGGAGGCGGCCUUGACGAAUGGCCACGAAUCGCAUGUUCACGCAUCGCCCGCUGGAAAGAAAGCCAAGGGAAAGCGAGGGAUGGAUUCGACCGAAGCUUCGCGCCUGCUCCAGGCACGCAUCUCGCAGCUGGAGCAGGAUGCUGCUGGAGAGAAAGACCAAGAGAUGGAAAUAGAAAGAGAGGUCAAGCGCGCCAAUCGAGAUCUUUUGCAGCAAGUAUCGAAGAUGGACGAUAUGCAGAAGAUCGAACACCUCAUGAAGCGCUCCAGCGAACUGCUAGCCGACAUGCGACGCCUGGAAAGGGAAAACCAGAAAAACAAGAAACGCGGAGACGCCCUACAGAAAGAGCGAGAUGCAAGCCGUACGGAACUCAGCAAGACGGUAGGGCUCAAGGAGAAGCUUGAAAAGUUGUGCCGAGAAUUACAGAGGGACAACAACAAGAUGAAGAAUGAGAAUAAAGAACUCCAAAGCACACAGAAGCGGAAUAAUACGGCAUGGGACGAAAAGUUUGCGAGCUUAUUAUCCAAAUUGGAAGGGUACCAGGAAGAAAAAGACACCCCGAAGAAACAAGUGGUCGAUAUGGAGAUGGACGAACUGUUCCGAGUCCGCUUCAAGUCCUUUAUCGAACAGUACGAGCUGCGCGAACUUCACUUCCAUUCUCUUAUGAGGACGAAGGAAUUGGAGGUCCAGUACCACCUGUCUCGCCACGACAGGGAAAAGAAGAAUGCCGAGGCAGAAGCGACCAAAGCGCGCCACCUACAAGCCCAAGUUCACGCCUUCACCAAGACGGAAACGGAGCUGAGGAACCAGCUCAAUGUUUACGUGGACAAGUUUAAGCAGGUAGAGGACACAUUAAACAACAGCAACGACCUGUUUCUCUCUUUCCGAAAAGAGAUGGAGGAUAUGUCGAAGAAGGGCAAGCGCUUAGAGAAGGAGAACGAGGCGCUCAAGAGACAAAAGGAGGCGACCACGGCCAACAUUAUCCACAUGGCGGAAGAGCGGCAAGAGUGGAAGAGGAAAAUCGAGGCCGCGGAGAAGAAGAACGAGAAGCUCAUGAGUAUCAUCCAGCAGAUGCAACAACAAGGGCGCAAAGUUCCUCCUGCCGCCGCCAGCACAGUGGAGGCGUGCUAUCCGGAGAGCCAAGGGGCGGCAGUGGUCGAGGGCCAGGCCGAGGGCCAAGGCGAGGACAGCGAAUACUCGGACGAGGAGGGUGAGGAAGAAGGACUUAGCGAGUUCGACGACGACACCGAGGAGGAGCCUCAGCCGAGCGAGCAGAGCGCCCCAGUACCAUACGGUCCGGAACGCCCGCCUCAGCCAGCUACGAAUGGGCAUUAGGAAUACGCUCUUGAGUGUCUGGCUACGGGCGCGCCUCCGGAGGCGAUACAAAGGGAGUUCAGGCUGGAGCACGUGCCGCUGGAUCAGACGCUGCCACGGCUGCUGGAGCUGCUGAAAGACGAACCAUGUCUGCCCAUACUGCUUAACAUGUGUCUAGAUAGGGUUCUGCCUCCCGGGCUUACUCGGCCGGACUUUGUCCAGGUGCCCCCAGACGAACGCACCCCAAUCUUCUGGGAGCUGGUCAAACGCAUAAGGCGCAACAACCGAGCUUGAUGCGUCGCAACGGGCGUGGCCUCUUGUCUGGCAGCGAUGAUAUAGCGCAUCCCAGUGUAUGUUUGUUUAAUAGUGUAGCUAUAUUCCUUGACGCUGUCUUACCUAGUAUCAUAUUGAUUUUU